UAUACUAGUUCUAUCCUCCAUACAUUCAUAAUUCAUUCAUAUUUUUUCCGUGAUUCUGCCCCCACCAAGGAGCUCUCUCCUUUUAUUUAGAUUUUAAUUCAACCUAGGUUGGAAAAACAACAGUUCUUCUCUUCUUCUUCUUCUUCUUCUUCUUCUUCUUAUUCUUCUUCUUGUUCUUUACUGGCGUUAAAUGGAAAACUACCAGAUGUUCUUCCCUUGUUCCUCUACGGGGCAGUCAGCUUAUCCAUUAACGACGUCGCAUAUAACAAACUCUGACCAUGUUUUUAGUCAUGGAGAUAGCUCAUCAAGUGGGUUUUUGGGAUUGAAGCCAGAAAGUUUUGUCCCAAAAAGUACAACAAGUCAUGUUAAAGACCUUUCUCAGAUUAAUGGAGGGUUUCUAGUGUCUGAAAAUGAGGGAAAAUCAAGUAAAAAGAAAGGGGAAAAGAAGGUUAGAAAGCCCCGAUUCGCUUUUCAAACCAGGAGUCAUGUUGAUAUCCUUGAUGAUGGGUAUCGGUGGAGGAAAUAUGGUCAAAAAGCUGUGAAGAACAACAAAUUUCCCAGAAGCUACUAUCGUUGUACACAUCAAGGGUGCAAUGUAAAGAAGCAAGUUCAACGCCUAACCAAAGAUGAAGGUGUUGUGUUGACAACUUACGAAGGGAUGCACACUCAUACAAUUGAGAAACCUACUGACAAUUUUGAGCAUAUCUUGAGUCAAUUGCAAAUUUAUACUCCCUUUUGAAGCCUUCAUAAAUGUGAUAUUAUAUAUUGGUGAAUGAUACACCUUUAGAAUUCACUCCUUAGAUAUGUGGAAUUUAAUAAAUUUGUGUUUGUAAAAUAUAUGUUGGCUGAAGAUUUUACUUUACUUAAAAGUAAAGGUUAUAUCAA